AGCAGUAUAUAUGAAGAAGAAGAAAGUGAUGUAUGAGUUGGUUUGAUUUUUAUUGAGUAAAAGAAAGGGAUAAGAGAAUGGAGGAGGAGGCAAAGUUGUUGGUUGAUAGUGCAACAGAGUUUCACAAAUCUCUCAAAGAGCUAAGGGACUUCAGUUCUCAGCUAUACCAUGCUGCUGAUUAUUGGGAAACAGCUUUCUUCUCUUCCCAACACAAGAGACUCAUUGUGGAAAACACAAAGGAGUACGUAUCCGGAGCUGUGGCUACAUUGGUUGAUCAUGUCGGAAGCAUAUCAGCUAUUCUUGAUUACACUGUUUCUAAGACCACUUCAGUUCCUCAGACAGAACACAAGAUUGGCACCCUGAAGCAGAGAAUUGAGACAUGCCAACAACACUCUCACAAACUUGGCCUCCCAAGACUUCACUGGACUGCUCGCUUUUCAAGAUUCCACUCUCGCUACACAUCGCUGCGUUUACAAGAUUCGGCAUUCAUGACCGCGGUGUGCAGUGUGCACAAGGAUUCUGAGCGCGAUGAUGCUAAGGGUAAGGAAGGUAACGCGUGCGAGACGAACAAGCGGCUAACUGAUCAUUGCAAGCCAGCUCUGGUUGAGAGUUCAAACAGCAACAUGCAGAGAAAGAGUGGAGUUUCACCUGCACUUGGGGCAGUCAGAGACUACAAACAUCUGCUGCCGGCACAUGAAGGCCUACCGGUAUCACCAAAAGCCGAGCACUCAGCUUUCCAGUUUCAGCUGCAGGAGGCUCAGAAGGUAAAACGUAGCAUGAUAAAUUGGAAACUGAUAAAGAACAAGGAGAUUGCAAUGCUUAUAAGGCGUGGUAAACAAAUUCUUGCAUAAAGUAUGUGGAGACUGGGAAAUGUCAAUUUUCAUCUUGAUGUAUCAGCCCUGCAUUCACUGCUUUCUCUAACUGUACCUUAGGAGACAACUUCUACUGUGAUAUAACAAAUUAAUGAUCUUUCAAGUUCA